AUGGCAAGGAUUGGAACGCAUAGUGGUACUUUUCACUGCGAUGAGGCUCUCGCAGUCUACAUGUUGCGGCUCUUGCCCAAGUAUAAGGAUGCCACUGUCACCCGUUCUCGCGACCCUGCCGUCCUCGAGGAGUGCGACAUCAUCGUUGACGUGACCGGUCAAUAUGACGGCGUCAAGCACUUCGACCACCACCAGCGCGAAUUCAACGAGUUCUUCUCCCCUCAAUUCCAAAACACCAAGCUCUCCUCCGCCGGUCUUGUCUACAAGCACUUCGGUGAGGAGAUCAUCCGCGAGCAGCUCGGUCUCGAAGAGUCCGACUCCCGGGUGAAGCUCAUCCACAACAAGGUCUACGCCGAGUUCGUCGAGGCUGUCGACGCCAACGACAACGGUGUCUCUCCUUACCCAGCAGAUGUUAAGCCUACGUUCAAGGACAGACUUUCCAUUCCCGGAAUGGUCGCCCACCUCAACCCUUGGUGGAACCAGCCCUUCACCGACGAGAUCCUCGACGCACAGUUCCAGAAAGCCUCCGAGCUCGUCGGUGCCGCAUUCAUUGACCGUCUCAACUACUACGGCCGCGCAUGGCUCCCCGCCCGCGACCUGGUCUUCCGCGCCAUCGACUCCCGUAGAGCCUACGACCCCGAAGGCCGUAUCGUUGUCUUCGACGAGUUCUUGCCCUGGAAGGACCACCUCUUCCAAAUCGAGGCCGAGCUCCAGGUUCCUGGACAGAUACUCUACGUCGUCUACUCUGACGGUAAGGGAUACCGCGUCCAAGCCGUCCCUGAGAGCCCGGAGUCAUUCAAGUCCCGCAAGCCGUUGCCCGAGAACUGGAGGGGUGUCCGUGAUCAGGCUUUGAGUGAUUUGACUGGUAUCCCUGGAUGUGUGUUCGUUCAUGCUGCUGGGUUCAUUGGCGGAAAUGCGACGAGGGAGGGAGCUUUGGAGAUGGCUAUUAAGGCGUUGGACAUGGAGUAA